AUGGCUUCACAAUCAACAUAUCCACUCAUUAAACCAUGGAAUUGGGGGUAUCACGGAACCGUGACCCAAAUUACCAGUAAGGAAGGUACUGUACUCAUUCCAUUAAAGGACAACAAAGAGGGUAUUCCAUUAGCAGAAUUAGUUUCAAAGAAUGUCCCUAGUUUAAAGGAUGGUGCUAAGUUUGAGUUGAAACCUUUUUUAUUCACUGGUAUUUUACAAACUCUGUACCUUGGCGCAGCUGACUUUUCUAAGAAAUUCCAAGUCUUUUAUGGUAGAGAAAUUGUGGAAUUCUCAGAUACUGGUGUAUGUACUGCCGAUUGGGUAAUGCCAUCUUGGAAGCAAAAAUAUAACUUUAAUGAGAAAACAUCAACUUUUGACAAGAAAGCAUUCGACCUGGACGAAAAAGAAACACAUCCAGACAAUUGGCCUCGUUUGCAACCUCGUACCAGAUACUUAAAUGAAAAAGAAAUGACGACUAUCCACGAGGAUGACAGACCAUUGGUUGUUUGUUGUCAUGGGUUAGCUGGUGGCUCUCACGAACCAAUUAUCAGAUCAUUGACUGAAAAUCUAUCUAAGGUUGGUAAUGGGAAAUUCCAAGUGGUUGUCCUAAAUACUCGUGGCUGUGCACGUUCUAAGAUUACUACUCGUAACCUAUUUACUGCUUUCCAUACUAUGGAUCUACGUGAAUUUGUCAACAGAGAACACCAAAAACAUCCUAACAGAAAGAUUUAUGCCGUUGGAUUUUCAUUCGGGGGUACAAUGUUAGCAAAUUAUUUAGGAGAAGAAGGUGAUAAAACUCCAAUUGCAUCUGCUGCAGUGUUAUGUAACCCGUGGGAUAUGGUAUUAUCCGGUAUGAAAACGAGAGAUGAUUUUUGGACAAGAACGCUAUUUGCUAAGAAUAUUACAGAUUUCUUGACUAGAAUGGUUAAAGUUAAUAUGGCAGAAUUGGAAUCUCCAGAUGGUUCUAAGCCUGAUCACAUCCCAACAGUGAAAAAUCCAUCUUAUUAUACAUUUACCCAAGAAAAUUUGGCAAAAGCCAAGGAUUUUAAAUUAAUAUCUGACUUUGAUGACGUAUUUACUGCACCUGCAUUGGGUUUCAAAAACGCAUUGGAGUACUACGCUGCAGCUGGGUCCAUUAACAGACUACCUAAUAUUAAGAUUCCUUUAUUAGUUAUCAAUUCCACUGAUGAUCCAGUUGUUGGGCCGGAUCCAAUCCCAAACCAUAUCAUAGAUUCAAACAACCACCUACUGCUAUGUGAAACCGAUAUCGGUGGCCAUUUGGCAUAUUUGGAUAAAAAUAAUGAUUCAUGGUCAACGAACCAAAUCGCCAAUUAUUUCGACAAAUUUGAUGAAGUGGCAUUAUAG